AUGGCAUUACUCACUUUGUGCCUCUCUUAUCCCAUCUCCAUCUGCCUACUCUGCAUGCUGAUCUUCUUCGCUUCACUCUAUUUUUCAGCCAGCCGUAGAGAAUCAGCUUUUAAAUUACCACCCGGUCCAACACCUCUUCCGAUCAUUGGCAACCUGCAUUUGUUGGAUAUUAAAAGGCAAGACAAAUCCCUACUGAAGUUUGCCAAGAAAUAUGGACCAGUAUUCACCCUCCAUUUUGGAUUCCAGAAAGUUGUCGUCCUGACCGGCUAUGAAGCAGUGAAGGACGCCCUUGUGAACUUCACUGAGGAAUUUGUGGACAGGCCACCCAUUCCUAUAUUUGAAGAGAUUCAGCAUGGCAACGGUGUUUUCUUUUCGACCGGAGAUCUGUGGAGGACAACCCGGAGAUUCACCAUGGCUAGCAUGCGCAAUCUCGGAAUGGGGAAGAAGCUCAUAGAAGAGCGAAUUAUUGAAGAACUCGGUUUCCUUAUAGAGGACAUCGAAUCUUUCAAAGGUGAACCAUUUAACCUCAGGAACUUCAACACUGCCCCGACCAAUAUUACUUUUGUUAUAUUAUUUGGGGAGAGGUUUGAUUACAAAGAUCCAACGUUCCUUGCUCUGCUAAAACUCAUAGAUGAAGUCAUGUGCCUUCUUGGAUCUCCGUUCUUGCAUUUCUUUAACUUCUACCCGUUCCUUGGAUUUUUUCUCAACACUCACAAAAUCUUGCUUAAAAAAAUUGAAGAUGUCCGCGUCAUCAUUAGGGAUUACAUCAAGAUGAGCAGGCAAGAUAUCAAUGCCAACAGCCUCAGAAGCUACACAGAUGCGUUAGUCUUCAAGCAACAAGAGGACACCAACAAGAAAGAGAACCUUUUCCACAAUGACAAUCUGAUAGCAUCCAUCCUGGAUCUCGUUAUGGCUGGGACCGAGACUACAGCAACAACGUUGCAGUGGGCCAUCCUGCUAGUGAUGAAGUAUCCGGAGAUUCAAAAGAAGAUUCAAGAGGAGAUCAGACAAGUUGUGAAGCCGGGCAGCUGGGCCACAUAUGAAGACCGGAAAAACAUGCCCUACACCAACGCUGUGAUCCACGAGGUGCAGAGGUUUAUCACGCUGCUGCCACACGUCCCACGCUGCACGUCUGUGGACACACAUUUCAGGGGCUACUUUAUCCCAAAGGGAACAAUGGUGAUCCCCUCCCUUACUUCUGUGCUACUUGAUCCAGCUCACUGGGAGACCCCACAUGAGUUCAACCCCAGCCACUUCCUAGACCUUGAUGGGAAGUUUGUCAAGAAAGAAGCGUUCAUGCCCUACUCCUUAGGGCGGCGAAAUUGCAUUGGUGAAAGCUUGGCCAAGAUGGAACUCUUUCUGUUCUUUGCUGGCCUGCUGCAGAAAUUCACUUUCCAACCCCCGCCAGGGCUUACAGAAUUGGACCUGGACUUGAACGUUCCAAAGACUACCUUCACUUUGAGACCACAGCCUCAGCUGACUUGUGCUGUUGCCCGUGAGUAA